AUUAGAGGAUCAAAGUGCAGUAAAACCCCAUGCCUCCGUGGAUGCUGGAUGCUGGAUGCAGAGAACCGGAAGGAUGCUCUGCGGAGCAGGAAGCGUGGGGAUCGUGUUUGUUUUGUCGCUGGAUCCGCUGUUACCAGCCGCUGCGUGGAAUCACAGCUCUAUCGGAGUCACCCAGAGCUGCCAUGUUCCCGUCGUGCUAUUCCAAAACCGACGGCAGCAGCAGCAGCAAGGGGAGCUCGCUGGCCAAGCUGCUGCUCGGCGUGUUCGUGGUGUACAUGCUGCACACCGCCUGGCUGCUGUACGGCUUCCUCAACACCAAGUCCUGCGAGGGAGACAGAGGAGAGCACUGCAUCACCUCCUAUCUGGCAGCGAGACCCACACUGCAGCUGAGUGUCUUUACCUGCCUCAUCCCAGACAACAGCCAGCUCAGCCUGGCGGUGAAAAUAGAUCCGUUUGACCCAUAUGCACCAUGUGAGAGGCAGGUGAACGUGUCGCUGCCGGAGGAGACGCGAGCCAACGGCACGCUGUACGCGGUGGUUUAUGUCCACAGAGCCGGCGUCUCGCCCCUGGAGGACAACAGAGGAGUCCACCACGCCGCUCCGCUCACCACCCACAUCCCUCCUCUGCACACACGGGCGCUCAAGAGGCCGGCGCGCCCCGUGGCCCACUGGAGGCCGCGCCUGUCCGUCAGCGUGAUGUCGGAGGACUUCCCCUUCACCAAGGCGGCGCUCCCCAGCGACGUGCGCCGCUACAUGAGGGUCUCCCAGGACGGCCGGCAGAUGGUCUACCUCCCGCUGCUGCUGGUCAACGAGCUCAGCUUCCGGGUCAAAGACCUCAUGGAGAUCGGCGCCGGCACGGAUCGGCUCCCUCUCACUCUGUCGUACGAGGGAAUCUCCCUGAGGAGGUUCAGGUUCUGGGUCCAUCUGCAGGACGUGGUUUAUUCCCUGCGGCAGUUCGGAUUCACGGAGGAGCACGUGGAUGAGAUCAAGGAGACCCUGAUGGGGUCCGACCUGUACCUGUUGGUGCUGACCGCCGUCGUCACGGCCUUUCAGCUCAUCUGUGAAUUCUUGGCCCUUAAAAAUGACUUUAGUUCCUGGAGGAAGAAGAAGAGCAUGGCGGGGAUGUCCAGGAAGUCAGUCCUGUGGCGGAGUCUCGGCACCUUGCUGAUCUUCCUCCACCUGCUGGAGGACACCAGUCUGCUGGUGCUGCUUCCCGUGGGCCUGGCAGCAUGUGUGGAGGUCUGGAAGGUGUUCAAAGUGUUCAAGAUCCCGACGCGGCGGAGCGGUUCCCAGCCCCAUGUGAACAGGCUGGACGAGGACGAGCGCAAGGCGGUGGAGUACGACGCGCAGGCCUCCAGAUGCCUGUCCUACUUGAUCUACCCCCUGUGCAUCAGCGGCGCCGUGUUCUCGCUGGCCUACUUACGCCAGAGGAGCUACUAUUCCUGGUUGAUCAACACCCUGGUCUCUGGAGUCUAUGCGUUUGGCUUCCUGUCCAUGGUGCCGCAGCUCUUCAUCAACCAUAAGUUGAGGUCUGUGAGCCACCUGCAGGGGGCAGUGUUGAUGUACAGAGGAAUCAACACCCUGAUCUCCGACGCGUGCUCCUGCGUCUCCCUCCUCUCGUCUUCUGGUUCCUUCUCCUUCUCGUCCACUCAUCAGCUCUCCUGCUUCCGAGACGAGCUCCUCUUCCUCCUCUACCUCUACCAGCGAAGGCGAUACGCCCUGAAGGCCAGAAGACGAGAGUCCGGGGCCCACAGCAAGAAAGUAAAGACUCAGUAGAGACAGAAAUGGGUUUAUUUAUUAAAGCACAAACUCUGCUGGAGAGGUUUCUUUGUGAUCGACAUGAAUCGGUGACUGAUCUUGUUCAUCUGUACAUGAGUUCAUUUCACAGGAUGUGUUACAUAUUAAUAGACCGAGCUUGAAGUUGUGCAAUACUCACCCUCCAUCACUGACUGUGGCUCUGAGGUGAAGGACGCCAUGGCAUGUAUCUGUUGACCCGUUUUAAUCCUUCACGACACUAACAGAGCUGGAAAACAAUUUACAUGCUUUAAAUGGUUUUAAAUUAUUAUUAUUGUUUUCUAAUGCAUCCUGUUUUCUUUUCUUAAAAUGUGGAUGAAGAAUAAAGCUGUUUUUGUGGUUUUAGCAGA